AUGCCUCCCAGACCUCAUCCACCUCUGCAGAUCCCCGAUUCCUACGCCACCCUUCCUCUCAAGCAGAUCAAAGUCUCUCACGUCCCCGAAUCCUCACCAACUCCGACGCCAGUGCUCAUCAUAACAUUAAACAGACCGCAGAAACACAAUGCCUUCACAGAUCAAAUGCGGGAGGAUAUGGAACGAGUGUACGAACUCAUCGACAUUGAUCCACGGGUCAAGGUAGUUGUCUUGACUGGCGCAGGAAGGAGCUUCUGUGCUGGGGCUGAUCUGGAAAUUGGGUUCUUGGGAGCAAGAGAUGAGACUGGCCAGGUCAAGAAUCCCAAAACUGAACGUGAUGUGGACCACAGAGAUGGCGGAGGGAGAACUUCCUUAGCAAUUCACCACUGUUCUAAGCCGACCAUUGCUGCCAUCCAAGGUGCAGCUGUUGGUGUGGGCAUCACCAUGUGCUUACCAGCAUGCAUUCGAAUCGCCUAUGCCAAAGCCAAGAUUGGCUUCGUCUUCAGCAGACGCGGGAUCAUUAUGGAAGCCUGCUCCUCCUACUUCCUGCCCCGGUUGAUCGGUCACUCCAGAGCACUACACUUGACGACGACUGGCGCCGUAUAUCCUGCCGACAGUCCGCUGUUCGGAACUCUCUUCUCCGAGACAUGUCCAACUCCAGAGGCCACCUUGGCUCGAGCACUCGAGCUCGCUGACGAGGUAGCGAAGAACACAUCGACCGUGUCAACAAAGGUUAUGAGAGAGCUUAUGUACCGAGGAGCAGAUAGCGCAGAGGGUGCCCAUCUUCUUGAUUCGAGGAUCAUCCAUGGCUUGUUUGGCAGCAAGGACAAUGUCGAGGGUGUUGAGAGCUUCCUGCAGAAGAGGCCGGUUAAUUUCACCGGGCAAGUACCUCAGGACGCUCCAGACGGGUAUCCUUGGUGGAACCAGAUUGAUGUUGGCGAGAAAAGGCCCGAUCCCAGAGGGAAGCCUAAGCUAUAG